CGCAUGAUUGAACAGCGAACAUCACGACCGCAAUUGUCUAUCUGAUGCUGGAUUAGUUGUGCGGUCUUUUAGACACAGAAUGUUUUAAACAACACAUGUCUGAAGACCAGAAGAAGGCGCAACAGAGGCAGUGCGGUGACUAUAAGCGCAGCUGAGAAGAGUAAUACUGAAGUGUAUAAUAAUGCUUGAACGUGCUUGAUGUGUUUCUGAUACUGCGGGUGGAAAGUUGGGUGUCAAUGACCAGCGAAUGUACAGCGAGGAAUAUGGUGUUGUUUUUAUAUGAGCCGUGGUUCAAUGCUUUUUCGUCUUCCUGGUAAGAUUAGCGGAAGCCAGCAGUACAAUAGUCUUUUUUUUCUCUUCGUCUGCAGCGGCAGUCGGUUUUGUGACAGUCAGCGAUCCGCUUCCCGGUGUGUUUCACUAACGCAAAAAACAUCUGAACAUCUUCUGAGCGGCGUUGGACUAUUUAUUUACGGAGCAGGUAGAUCAGUGAGAGACUGAUUUCUAAAGAUGACGGGUAAAUCAGUCAAAGACAUUGACCGCUAUCAGGCUGUUCUCACAUCUCUUCUGGCGUUAGAGGAAAACAAGUUUUGCGCUGAUUGUCACGCCAAAGGUCCCAGAUGGGCAUCCUGGAAUCUUGGAAUCUUCAUUUGUAUCCGCUGUGCGGGAAUCCAUCGGAAUCUUGGCGUGCACAUAUCACGAGUUAAAUCCAUAAACCUGGACCAGUGGACUCAUGAGCAGAUACAGUCUGUUCAGGAGAUGGGGAAUGCCAAAGCUCGGCGACUAUAUGAGGCCUUUUUACCAGAGUGCUUCCAGCGCCCAGAGACAGACCAAGCUUCUGAGAUUUUUAUCCGUGACAAAUAUGAUAAGAAGAAAUAUAUGGAUAAAUGCAUUGACAUCCAGUCCUUCAGGAAAAAAGACGAGUCACAACAAUUCAAAACCAGUCCAAAGCAGUCACAGUCUGUUAAUGACUUACUAGGACUAGAUGCCCCUGCUCCUCAAGCUCCCGUGUCCAAUGGCAAACCAAGCACUGAACUCAGUCCUGCCCUCGACCUCUUCAGCUCUCUGCCUGCCACCGUCAGCAGCUCAAACUCCUCCAGGAGCACGCCUAGCUCAGGGUCCAUGCCCACUGGACGGGUAGCAGCAUCAAUGCCCGAAAACCUCAGCCUGUUCCUGGAUCCCCCCUCCAAAAGUGAGGACAGCGGGAAAAAGCUGUCUAAGGACUCAAUCUUGUCCCUGUACGGCAGUACAGCACCACAAACAAACAUGGCUGCUCAUGCUGGCAUGUAUAUGGGAGCAACCCAGAUGGGAUAUGUCCCUGCUGCAGGGUACGGCCAAUACCAGGCCCUGGGUGCCCAGCAGGGCAUGAUGGGGCCUAUGAUGGCACCACAGAUGAACAUAUUGGGACAUACUGCUCCUCCGUACAUGGCAGGGGUGCAGGGGCGCGUAAUGGGAAUGCAGAAUGGGAUGAUGGGAAACAUGGCAGCAGUUCCUCAGCAGGCAUAUGGAGCUCAGCAGGCCCAACAGCUGCAGUGGAACAUCAGCCAGAUGACUCAACACAUGGCAGGAAUGAAUUUCUAUGGUGCCAAUAACAUGAUGGGAUACGGGCAGCCCAUGGGCGGGGCGGCUGCUCCCGGUUCAAAUCCAAUGCUCGGGUCACACGUGUGGAAGUGAUGGUGUCAUAGAGAGAGAGUGGGACCGCGUGUCUGAAUUGGUUGGGCUUGGUUGGCGCCACGACUGACUGACAGCAGAAGGGGAACAGAUUUUAGGAGCAAACACUUUGUAGAGUCGAGUAGAUGAUCGCAACCGAAGCAAAGCCUCUACCUCCCUCAUUCUCAGAGACAGAUUCUCAUGCUUGCCUUCAAACAGUCACAUACUCAGAGAGAGAAUAGAAGUGUGCGUAUGCACUUCUCAGCUGAAUGUUACACGUUUCACAGCUUUGAUGUUCCCAAAUGAUGCUAAUUUGCUACAUCUGCUUGAAGAUUUGGUUUUCUGUUCUCUCUUUGAUCAGUGUUAAGAUCCGAUUACAUUUACCGUUUUUGGGUGAAUUUUUAUGGGCAAAAUCCGGUUAGGAAUCCACACAAUCUUGAAUUUUGCGUGAGGGCGAAUGAUUUUGCUUGUGAAUUUGCCACGUAGACCAACAGAAACCCGCUUGGUAUGAAAGUGACUUUUGUGUGAGCUGUGCUUCAUGCUUCACUGUUGACAAUAUACAAUUAACCUUUUUGGUCCACAGUGUUUCGCCAAAAUUAUGCUAAUGCGACAGCAUCUUUAGUUUCAGUUAACAAAGCUUGCUUCAUAUCAGAAACAAUUUAUCAUAUAGAUAUGUAUGUAACAAAGUCUAUACAGUAUAUCUCAUCAUAAGCAUGUUUGCACUGCAGUCAUAAAUGAACAAUUGAAGCCAUUUUAAAUUACCAUUUUUGUUAAUAAGGAUCUUAAACUUUGAUACUGCUGAGGAAAAUGUCCAUUUUGUGUCUCUGCUAUCAGGUUCUGCAGUGAUACUCUUGUAUUGUCGUCUUUCUAACGCACAGGGUACAAGUAAGCCACUUUGACUUUGCUUUCUGUCACACUCGCUCUCAACUCAGGAGAAAUAAAGACUUGGGAUGAUAAGGGUUCUCACAUCCAUCUCAUAGCAGGACAUUUACAUUCAGCCAAAGAUUUAACGCUCAGCAGUCGGCAUAGGUCUUUGGAAUGAUACGUUCUAGUUGGAUCCAUGCUGCUGUUUGUCGUUUCAGAGCACUGCGGUUUGACCUCAAGAGUGUAAUAGCACCAUUGAUUGUAUUGUGCACUGCUUUUCUCCUCAUUACUGAGUGCAGGGUCACUACUGGCGAAGAGAACAAAAUUUUGGGACACUGAGGCUACAGUUUGGACUGAGACCGAAUGAAUGUUUCACUCUGACUGCUGCCUGGAGAGCAGAAUUUGCCAUGGCCACUGUGUGAAGUUCGUUCAAAGCAGUCAGCUUGGGGUUUUAUUGACUUUGCUCGUUUGUUUGAGCCUAACGUCUACUUCUAGUGUAACCAAAUGCAAUGAGGUUCACUCUUGAUCUUAUUUUAAACCAGAGCAUGUGAAAUGAAGAGGCUAGGACCCCAUUAAAACAUGCUGG